AUGGACACCUUAACUGGAACAAAAAGACAUACCCGCGUGCUGACGGCGUGCGAGGCUUGUCGGCUCAGUAAGACUCGAUGUGACUCGGCGCGGCCGGUUUGCGAUAAAUGUGCCAAGCGAGGAGUGCCCUGUGUGUAUCCAGAGACGGAUCCUCUAUCCGUCAUAGAAUCAUGGAGUUCCAAAAUCCUGAAAGCUGUUGAGCGCCAGGAGCGUCGUCUGGAAGACCACCUGCGGUCUCUGGCACCCUGGGACAGCGAAAGUCCCGAGUCAAUAUCGAGAAAUGACACGUUGAAAACACCGAUUACAGGAUCAGACAUGAUCCUUAGCUGGCCUAUAUUUCCCCCGGAGAAGCCUGUACCGACCUUUCCACCCACUGCAUUUGCGGAGAAGCAUGACCCGUAUCUCCCAGAUAUCCCGAAUAUUACCCCCCAUCGCAUAUGUGAACUACGCCUAAUAUUCAUGACCCGAAUCCGCACCAAGAAUCCCAUUGUUGAUGCCGACCAGUUAGAUGAGUGUAUCGAGCGUGUACUAGAAAGCGGAUUCGACUGGUCUGUAUCUUCCUGCCUGGCCCUUCUGGUCUUUGCUCUGGCCGCGAUAUGGGGCAAUUAUCCGGAACCUGAUGCGCGAGAGUCGGCCCCUGGAUGCCUAACGAUGGAAGUGCCAAAGCACCGCAUAGAGGAAUCCAUAGGAUUUUUUUCUAUGGCACGGAAAAGGAUGUCAUCAGCGUAUCUAGACGGGUCGGUCGUGGGCAUUCAGUGCUUCUGUCUGUUUGGGAUGUGGUAUCAAUACAACAUCGAACCUAUUGCAGGAUGGAAAGCAUUUCGAACGGCGUCAAUGUUGUGGCAAACAUAUCACUUGAGGCAUCGUGAUGGGUCCAUUGCCCGAUCGGAACAAGAAGAAAGCUUGGAACAACGGCUAUACUGGACCUGCCUCAAAUCUGAAUGCGAAAUCCGUUACGAAUUGACCGAUCUUCCACCUUGCGAUCUGUCUUUGACGGACUACCCGUUCUCAUUGCCCAAUUUUCCCAACCACGAGGCCGCCUCCCCAGGGCCACCGGACCAUGAGACUCUUUCCUCAUACUACUACUUGGCGGAAAUCUCCCUCCGUCGACUUCUAAAUCGUGUGCGCCACGCGGUUACUGUCCUGAGUCCCUCCAUUAGUCGGUCAGGAAUCCUCCAACUAUCAGGCACGCUACACGACCUAGACUACCAGCUCCAGCAGUGGGUCGAUUGCCUCCCCCCCGCAUUACACUUCAACAAACCCCUUCUCCUAAAGCCCCCCAGUCACGAACCGGAAUUGAUGAAGCUGGCGCGUGAGCGCUACGUCGAAGUCCGCGAACUCCUCUGCCGCGCGUACCUGUAUCUCUGCAUUCAUGUACCACUUGAUCAGGAUCUGCUCGGCCCAGUUGGAGAAAAGGCAAGUGAGGCCCUACAGCUAUCGGUGUACCGAAUCGAAACCGAGCUACCGUUCUUUCGACAUCCGGGGUCGUGGGGAGCAUGUCGGGUUCGGUUCAACCACGCGCUCUGUCUGAUCGCGGCUUGGAGGGCAAAACGGCAGGGUGCGGUGGGUAUGGCGAAUGUCAGUUUGCCAGAUGAGUGGGCAACAUGUGUGAGGGUAGUUAUCGAGCGGUUGCGGGUCUGGGAAGCGGAGGGGGCGGGAAUUCGUGGGCUGCGACUUUUGCUCGAUUGGUUGAUGGGCUUAUAA